AUGGCAGCCGCAGCAAUACGAAUGCCGCGGCCUAUGGCCUUGGCCGCGGCACGGAGCCUGUCGACAGCCCCGGUCUUGACUCGCCAGUGCUUUCUCCGUUCACCAUCGGCGCACCUCUUCAGCACCACAGUACUCCGUUUCUCCUCCUCAUCCACCUCUUCUUCUUCCUCGCCGGCACCCCCACCCUCGGUCGAGAUCGAUGGCCACAAAUACAACACUGACAAGUGGUUCAACACGCCGGCCAACGUCGUCGCGGCCGCCUCCCGCCGGCUGCACAUGCAAGAAGACCACCCGGUUGCCAUUACGCGGCAGAUUAUCGAGUCUCGUUUCCCAGCACCGACCUUCCGCUACGUCAACUCGCUGCACCCCGUUGUGUCGACGUUUCAAAACUUCGACUCACUCGGGUUCCCGGCCGACCACCCCGGCCGUGCCCGCUCCGACACGUAUUACAUCAACGAGGACACGCUGCUGCGCACACAUACAAGCGCGCACGAGCUCGAGACGUUCCGGGCCAAUGCGAGCCCUGGGUUCUUGCUCAGUGCCGACGUGUACCGGCGUGACGAGGUCGACCGCACGCACUACCCUGUGUUCCACCAGAUGGAGGGCGCGCGGGUGUGGGACCGGCGCACAGACGCGGACAAAAACGGCGAUCUGACGGCAGCCAUUCUAGCGGACCUGGAAACGCUGCCACGGCACGGGAUUGCCGUGGAGGACCCGGACCCGCCGUUCCACGACGAGCGGAACCCGCGCCAGGCGCAGCAUUCACCCAGCGAGGUGGAGGCGCUGGGACGGCAUUUGAAGCGGUCGCUGGAGCUGAUGGUGGUGGAGGUGUUUACGCGGGCCAAGAAGGCAGCGGUGGCGGCGCGGAGCGAGACGUCGCAGGCGGCAUCGGCAUCGGCAUCGGAGAGCGCGACACCCGCAAGUUCGGACGAGCCGCUGCGGAUGCGCUGGGUCGAGGCGUAUUUCCCCUUUACCAGCCCGUCGUGGGAGCUGGAGGUGUACUACGAGGGCGAUUGGCUCGAGGUGCUGGGGUGCGGCAUAUCGAAGCACUCGAUCCUGGACGCGGCGGGUGUGCCCUCGCAAAUGGCGUGGGCGUUUGGCAUCGGCCUCGACCGCAUUGCCAUGCUGCUGUUCCAGAUCACCGACAUUCGGCUCUUUUGGUCCCAAGACGAGCGGUUCCUGAGCCAGUUCCGCGGGGUGUCGGCGGACCUCGACCGGCUGCGGCAGUUUGUGCCGUUUUCCAAGUACCCGGAAUGCUACAAGGACGUGUCCUUUUGGGUGGCAGAGGCAGAUGCCGCCGACGCGAAUGCGGGCAGCCCCGGCCUGCACAGCAACGACGUCAUGGAGGUGAUCCGCAGCGUGGCGGGCGACGUGGUCGAGGACGUGAAGCUCAUUGACGACUUUACGCACCCCAAGACGAAGAAGCAGAGCCUGUGCUACCGGAUCAACUACCGCAGCCUGGAGCGGACGCUGACGAACGCGGAGACGAACCGACUGCACGACGAAGUGACGGACGCGCUGGUGCAGCGGCUGGGCGUGGAGAUCCGGUAG